AAAUACCAUAAAAAUAGUAGAGAGGACGUGCGAAAAAAGCAUAGAAGUUAAGUGAGUGGUUGUUAAGUAGAGAGAUCAGAGAAGAAGUGUCUCUCUUUCUCUUUCUAUCUUAUUCUUUAGUUCAUGCUAGAGAUAUCUUGAGUUGUGUCAGAAGAAACACAGAGAAAUUAAGGAAUCUGAAUUUAAAACAGAAGAAUGGUACAUUCGAAGAAGUUCAGAGGUGUCCGCCAGCGUCAGUGGGGUUCUUGGGUCUCUGAGAUUCGUCAUCCUCUCCUGAAAAGAAGAGUAUGGCUCGGAACGUUCGACACGGCAGAAGCAGCAGCUAGAGCUUAUGACCAAGCCGCGGUUCUAAUGAAUGGUCAGAACGCAAAGACCAACUUUCCCGUCAUCAAAUCCAACGGUUUAGAUUCUCCGGUAGUUAACUCUACUUUAAGGUCGCCAAAAUCGUUGUCCGAACUCCUAAACGCUAAACUAAGGAAGAACUGUAAAGACCAGACACCAUAUCUGACGUGUCUUCGCCUCGACAACGACAGCUCGCACAUAGGCGUCUGGCAGAAACGAGCCGGGUCGAAAACUAGUUCAAACUGGGUCAAGCUUGUUGAACUCAGUGACAGUGUUAACGCACGCCCCGGUGGUGAUAUUGGGAUUAGUAAGAUAAAGAAACGAGACGACAACGUUGAGGAAGAAGAUCAGAUGGCGAUGCAGAUGAUCGAGGAGUUGCUCAACUGGACCUGUCCUGCUUCUGGAUCCAUUGCACAUGUCUAAAGAACAAUCAUUAGUGAGUAUAAAUAAUGGAUAAAAUAAGUAAUUUGCAUAGCUUUAUUUAAUAUUCUUCCAACAUAUGAUAGCCCUAAAGAUAGUAAUAUUACUUAUAUACGUAAACAUUGUUUAAAUUAAAUAAAUGAAUAUAUGUUGUGGGGUUUAAUGAAGAAAAACUUUAUGAAAAAAGAGAGUUUUCUGUUGAACUUGUCGACAUGAUAUUAUUACACAG